GGAAGCCGCAACUGUAUAUUUUCUCUGAAGAACCUUCAAGACUGCUGUUAACAGUCAAUGGCUCACCUAGACAUGUUUAGUCGACUAUAAAGAGUUUUACAUUAAUAAGUCAUGCGAAUGUGGCGUUUGAACGGUGUUCCUCUUCUUUAUGGAAUAUUAUUUUUACUGUCGUCAGUCCUGGAGCUCACAGGUAGUGUAGAGCUCAACAUUAUUGGUGAAGAGGGAACAACAAUCCACAUUAAUACUAGUACUGGCACAAAGUCAGCAUGCAAAUUUUGUAUCGGACAGAUGUGCCAAUCUUCUGCAGUCAUCAAAAGUAUCACACUUUUGUAUUUCACCUGUUCCCAACCGGAGAAUAUAUUCACUGUGCAGAUCAGCAGAGAGAUUGUGCGAACAUUGAAAAUUGUGCCCAAAGAUCACCCUGCCUUUUUAAAGUUCAAUCGCACCUUCACCUGGAAUCUAAAACCCCCGACUACAAAGUCAUUCCAGUUGAAUUUCAGUCAGACGGGUUUACGACAGAUUGGAUCCACUGACAGCUGCUCAGACAAACACAUUUACACACUCACAGGGGAGAAUGUCAUUGUUGGAAGAUUUUGUCAAAAUGGACCCAUCAGACAAGUCGAUUUGCGUAAUGUUGGCAAGAUGUCUGUGGAAGUGUCCGGUGGUCAACAUCUGAACAUGAAAGAUACUGGAGUAUCAGUGAGGGAAACAAUAAAAUCACUUGCUAAUAUCCAUGUUGUUCUUCCGGAGACAACUUCAACCCAGGACUUCUUUUCCCCAAAUUAUCCAGACAGUGUCCCUGAUAGUACUGAGACAAUGUGGUUUUUCAAUGUGUCCUCCACAUAUUACAGGGACGUACGUGUUCUGAACUACAUGGUCCCAACAUGCCCCCAACCUAAAAGCAUCCCUACAAUGAAGUACACUUGGAAAGGCAGGGACCCUCUGGUUAAACAGCUAUAUGCAAGCCAGCCAUCAGUGGAGCCUGGCACCUUUAACCUCUCCCUAAAGAACUGCAAAAUGCUACGGCCAAAUAAUAUUUUGAAAGGUCUUAUGGUGCACUUCCAAAUCACUGCCAUGAAGAGAAUCAAGGGUCAGUGUGAAGGGGAUCUGCCGGCGAAGGAAACUCUACAGAUAUGUGUUAAGAAAAAGGAUCCAAAGUCAGCCUGUGUGUUGAAAUCGGGUUCGCUCACAAUGGACACAAUCAUUGUAGCUUCAGGGGACCAUUUUGACCUUAAUUUCUUUGACUGCAACAAGGAUGAACUAGAGUUGACUGUCAACCAAACCAUAGAAUGUAAAGAGUGGAGAAACUGUGCAUCCACUGCAUUCCCUCUAAAUUUCAAUGACUUCUACAAGUGUAUCCCUGGAGUCCUAAAGACAAUUACAUGGCACCUCCAAGGCCCAGAGAACAGUACAGUGGAGCUACAGUCCCCUACAGGCGGUCUUCAACACUCUCUGCCUGAACAGACAUGCAACAGCAACACUCUCCUAAAUGUAUCCCAUGUUAGCCAUGACAUCACUGUUGGGCAGUUUUGUCCACAGGGACCCAUUCAGAAAAUACAGAUCCGUGAAUCCAGAAUUGCAGUUACAGCAUCCCUAACAAAUGUCAAUGACCGGAGUCACGCAACUAACCCCAUCUUAAUCUAUUCAUUUACACAAGAAAUAUCAGAGCACUAUAUAUUCACGCUUGUGCCAACAAAAAGGAAUGAUCCAACUUUGUUGGUGACCCCAGCCUGGCCAUCUGCAAUGAAGCCAUCUUGUACCGUUUCUUGGAUUGUUAACCUGGAUCCACAAUUGAAGAGCAAUCUGGACUUCAAACAUGUCAGCCAGCUCAAGUGUAAGGGGGCUCAAACAAGCAUCACAGUGCAAAGCAUUAAUUCCCAAAAGAUAUUGUACAGUGUUAAAAAGGAUGUCAUAAUUAAGGGUUUGCUGGUCCCAGAAAGUUUCUACCUCAACAUGACUAACUGCAAGUCACCGACAGGAGCCUUCAGGGCAAUGAUGCAGAUCACACUGCAGAACAAUUCAAGCAAUCUUUUGGCCAUCAUCCUGAGUAUUGUGGGAAUUCUGUUGGUAGUGAUUACAACAACUGCAAUCUGUUUUGUUCUCAGGAAGAAGAAAAGGAAUAAGGUUCCCCCAGUGUCCAUCUACAGUUCGAACCAGCAUCCCAUUCUUCCAGGCCUCCAUGGUGUCCCCAAAACACCAGAGGAGGAGGAUCCUCACACCUAUGUGUACAUAGAUGACACUCUUGUAUAUUCCCAUUUACUCAAAGAUGCAAAUAAACAGUGUAAAGAACCCAUUAGGGAUGAGAUUGUCCAUCCUCAGAGUGGCCCACCUUUGCCGAAGAGACCCAAAAGAAAAGGUGGAGGCCCCAUAACUAAAGACUACACCUUGGUUGACAGUGAGCUCUAUGGUAAUUUACAAGGACAGUCAACAAAAUCUGGCUCACUGCAGACUCCAAUUGAAAACAUUGAGGAAGGGAACUAUGAAAUCAGACUGUAAGUAUGAAGAAAGAGAGUACUUGAUGGAAUUAAUAAUGAUCUUGAGUGCUCCAGACUGAGAUUUUCAACAUUUUCAUUUGUGAAAUUAAGAAUUUUCAAGUGCCCAACCAAGAUUUUUAUGUAAAUAUUGAUUUUGUAUUUGAAUAGACGCUAAUUUACAACAUAUUUGUACCAUAAGUAGUUUGGAAAUUCUCUAGAAAAAGAAAAAGUAAGAAAAACAUUUGAAAACUCUAAACAGACAUUUUAUUAUAUGGCAAUAUAUUAUUCUCUGACACAUUUAACUGGCCAAUCUCAACUCUGUACAUUGAACAUCUGGGCAUCAUGGCUGGCCAAUUGGAGUCUGAAUCAGGAGUUUGGAUGAUGUCUGUCCAGAUACAGGAGGUUCAACAGGUUAAAAAUUGUUGACUCUGUCCAUUUCUGCUGGACGAAGGAGGACCGAAGCUGGAUGCUGAACCACAAAUUCAUUAAAUCGACUCUUGUUUAAUGGCUUUAGGGACACUAAUAUAAUCUGUUUCUUUUUAUGUUUAUCUAAAAAACUAAAAUUUCAUCUAGUCUAAAGGAAAUAUAAAACUCUACGUACAAGGUGCAGAGCAAAAAUGUUUAAUGUUCUUUAGUUCGUCCCUCUCUCUGAGCCAAAAAGAAGUUUGAAACAGCUGAGUAAUGGUAUUCUGUUGCUGUAGAGGAGCAUUUAACUAUGAGGACAUUCAAGACUACAUGUUAAA